AUGGAGGAGCAUGCAGCGCGUGGAGGCCUGGCGGGGCGCCCCCUCCUGCGGCCCCGCGGCCGGCCAUGCGGCCGGCCCGGGGCGCCGCGGCCCGUGCCCCGCCGAGGGCGCGGCGCCAGCGCACGGCGGCUGGGGCGCGGCGGAGGCCGCGCUGCGGGGCGCGGCAGCGCCCCUGCGCGGAGGAGACCACCCUAUAGGGCCCCGCAGUCCUUCGCCUUCGCUCCAGAGGCCGCGGCGCUCGGACGCUGCGCGGGCGGCUUCCCUGGCGCGGGGGCGUACACCCUCCGGCUGAUCGUCGUCCCGAUGGGCGUGAUACUCUCGACGGGCGCCAUGACCGUGGCCAACACGGUGCAGUCGUUGGAAGUCAGGCCCGUCUGUCUCUUCUUUUCGGACGUGCUCAACGAUCCGAUCACCGAGCCUUGGGCAGUCUGGGCACUGCGGUGGCUCAUAUGGAUUCUGGGGAUCUCGUCUUGGAUAAGUUUCAAGCGCGCCCACAUGCCGCGGCAGGUGCAGUGGGUGUUUAUGCAGCAGUGGGCGUGUUUUAUGGUAGCUAUACUGGCAGGGUUCCGCCAGCUUGACCCACCAAUGGAGGUAUACGCCCUCAUGUACAAGCUUCACCAGGUUUCAGCGCUAAUCAUGUUUCUUGGGCUGUGGUUAGAGACCGUGAUGCUCUGGUGCCCAAGUAGGAUCUUGCACGUGGUGUACUUCGUCACAGUGCCUAUCGAAGUGCUCGCAUUCGCUUUCUCAGGGCGCUUCUACAUAGAAACGGGUAUCCCUUACAUCUACGGGCACCCGGAGAUAGUCUUGGAGUGGCUCCUCAUUUUCGCGCACUUCGUGGUGGUGUGGCUCCGCUUCCCGGCCGUCAGCGCGGCGGUGGGGGACGACGGGACCUGGAGGCCCUGGGUGUGCUGCUUCGCGGACUGCUGCCCCGACCUCGUGACCCACCAGGACCAGAACAGCGCCAGUGCCCCUGCCCGCCUGCGCGGGCUCUCGGGAGCUCCGGCGAGCUCUCGCUGCCCGCGCACGGCAUCUACCAAGAGGAGUGCCAAGGGACCCGCUGGAGCUCGCGCCGCUGCGGGAGCCGUCCUGGGCCUGACGGGCGUUCGGCGCCGAUGCUGCGCUCCCGGCGGCGCGGCGCGGCGGGCGAGGCGAGGUCAUCGUCACCAGUUAGAGGAGGAAGAGGCCGAAAAUCUGGAAAAACCUCCGUGCAGGUUUUGGUCGAGACGCCCGAUGUCUAGGCACGUGCUCACAUUGCACUGCAAGCCUUCCCUCCUGUUCUUUUCUAUGGGAGGCUCCAGACGUGGCAGUUUUCGGGCUCGCCGGCGGCCUCCGCGGGGUCUCGGCCAGGCCUUCGGCGGCGCGCGCGCUCGGCAGGCCUCGGAGCGGGCACUGAGGGCACGCCCGCCCGGACAAGGCGCCCGAGGAAAGUUGCACUUCAGAUGA